AAUCCCCUAUUGAUUAUUGUUGCUUCUUUCCUGACGUUGCAAAAUCCAAUUAAUUCCUCUGAAGCUCUCUCCAUAUCUACCCCUUAACCAUCUCCUCUCCAUAAUCUCUCUCAGUUUAACCUGGUUCCAAGUUCUAAGCUAUCUGUAGAGUCUUGAAAUCAGUUCAAAAGCUUCCUGAAUUUCCUCCGUUUUCUCUCUGUUUUUAUCGCACUUCCACUUCUACUUCCUGAUUUACAUAGUUAAUACAAUCUUUUUUAUUCUGUUUCUGUUUUUUUGCAGAUUGUUGGAGACUAUGGAACCAGAAAUCAUUGAUUGGAAUAGCAUUGACUCUGUUUUUGUAGAAGAUGAGACUUAUGAGAACUUGGAUGCACCAAAGUGGGUCGAUUUCUCUGCCUUUGGCCCUGAUGAACAGCUCAAUGAUGAUGAUGAUGCUUGGUUCUACAAUCCAAAUUGCAAGCAUCCAAAGAUUGCAGAAGAUUUUAAAAAAUCUACCCUUAAUUCAAAGGUGAAAUGUUUAAGAUCUGUAACCAUAUCUGAAAUGCUUCCUUUCAGGGACAGAGCUUGCAGGUACAAAAAUAAGAAAAAUCAUUUCUCAAACUUUACUUUUAACCCAACCUUUGGCUUCACUUGUAGUUUCUCUUUCUCCAGAGAUGCAAAAAUAAAAGAAUCAGAAAAGCCCAAUCUGCAUACCCCUAAAGCAAAAGAGAACAAAUCUGCACAGAACUUAGGUGAAGACAUGGAGAACAAGAAUCCAAACUUGUAUGCUUUCCCUCCUGUUGUGUCAAAGAAUGCAAUGACCAAAUCAGGUGCAGAGAAAAAACGGCAAAUGGGUGAUUCACAUGGAAAUUCAUCAAAGCCAAAGCUGAGAAGUACAUUUUCAGCCCGGAAUUUGAGAGGUGGAAGAGCGAUUUUGAGUCAGAUCACAGAGUUCUGCUCUGAAUUAAAGAAAUUCGUGAAGAAAGGAUCAAAGAAAGGGUCAAGAGAGAAGGUUUCUAAUGGGGUUUUGGGUGACAUGGAAGAGAGAGUAGGAGAAAAAGAGAGGGUUCCUCUGCUUGAGGUCAAGAAAUAAAGGAGAUUAGAACAGAGAACAUAGAGUAAGAACAGAGGAAAGGGUGAAAUGUUCUGUUUUGAACAAUUGCCAGAAUAGUGCAAUAACACAUCAUCUUUUUAUUAUUUA